AGUGGCUGACCUCCAGCUCGAUUCAGUGUGUGGACAAUAUGGCUUUCUGCGGCCGCGAUUGCCAAUCCAAUAUGUGAUCAGCCGACUGCUACCACUAGCCAUCACAACAAUUCGACUUAAUAUGACUUAAUUUCUCCUUGAUUUUCUUGCAUCCUCCAGCAAUUCCGAAAUGCAGAGCCGCGAGAAGUCUGUGCUCACUCUGAUAUAUCCGCGGCGGCCUUCCGAAUCCUUGGUGUUGCUUGGGUUGAAAAAGCGAGGCUUUGGAGAAGGUAAGUUCAAUGGGUUUGGUGGAAAGCUGGAGAGCGGAGAAACUUUGGAGGAGAGUGCCGUAAGAGAGUUGAAAGAGGAGUGCGGGCUGGUUUCAAAGCUUGCAGACUUGAAGUGGCGAGGCUGCCUGACGUACAUCUACAACACAAAGCCAAAGGCUAUGGAAGUGAAUGUUUUUGACUUGCAGAAUUGGGAAGGUGAUCCCAUCGAAACUGAGGAGAUGAAGCCAAGAUGGUUUGAGCAUCAAGCUGUGCCGCUGAGUUCGAUGUGGGCAGAUGACGAGUUUUGGCUGUUGCAGUACCUGGAGGGUGGUUUGCAAACUCCUUUCAUUGGUCGGUUUAGAUUCAAGAACCAUGAGGGUCCUGAAAGUUGGGACAUUUUGGAGCACAAUAUUGCAUCUUUGGUGCCUGCAUCGGUUCCUCGAGACAUUGGUGGAAGCGAAAGUGGAGCAGCCAUGGUGGCUUCGACCGUCAGCUUUCUGAAUGCUCCAAGUGCAAGGCCACUGGAGUCGUUCAUCCGCUAUCACCUUUCCAAAGGUUUUGCAAGGAUUCUCAUUUUUAUUGAUUCUGCAGAGGAUUUGGCUGCCCUGGAUGUAGUCCGGCGGUUUCCAGCGUUGCGUGUCUUGCACAAGAUUCGAGGUCCAGACCUGUUGAAGGAACAAUCUGUGAAGAGUCCUGAUACUUUUGGUGCUAUGAGCAACUUCUUCAAUGAAGUUUCUGCUCGGCAGCUCCUGGAUGCUGAAUUGGCGCUGCAAAUGGCUCCAGAAUUGGGCUGUCGCUGGCUUUUGUAUUUGGAUUCUGACGAACUUUUUUACACGAAGGAGGCUUCUGUAGUGCCGCAUUUUCAAUACCUGGAGAGGAGCGGCAUUCAGCAAAUGUCGUACUUGAAUCAUGAAGGUGUUCCCGAGAAGGCGGAGACUGAGGACUAUUUUGCGACUGUGACACUUUUCAAACAGCAUCACUUCGCAGUUCCUCUUUCUGCUCAGGCACGUAGUGCACUACGAUUUUGGAUGGACAGAUCAAAAAGAGGUCAGUACUUCCUUUUUUAUGACAAUGGAAAGAGCGCCUGCAGAACUGACUGCCACGCAAAUCCAAAGAACCAGCACAUCUGGCAACUGCCUCCCGGAUCGACAAGUUGUACAGCUCUGGCAGAUCCGAGGCACAUGGAUGUGGACGGUUUUGUCGAUUGCCCAGAUCCGUGCAUUCUACAUUUUCCAGUCUGUGGUCUGAGUUGGCUGACUGGCAAGUAUAGGACACUUGGUAGAUUUCCGGACAAAUGGCUGGGGAAAGUGAACUUGUCAGAAUCAUUUCACAAAGAUGCAAGAGACCUAGCAGAGAGCUGUAGCGCCUUAGAAGAUUUGUUCAUGCAAGAAGUUUUGCUGGAGGAUAAAUCAGAGGUUGGGCGCCAGCUGGAAGCUCGAACUUGUAUGAGGAUUCUGGACCACGCGGAGCUUCUUGAUGCAGAAGCAAGGGCAAGUGCCGUGGAAACUGAAAGCGAAAAGACUAUUUUGCCCUUGGCUGAUGCCUCGCUGAUAGGAAUUGAGAAAGGAUGGAUUUUAUCCAAAGCAAUGAAAUAUCUUUAGGAAAAUCAA